ACUCAGAGGUCAGUGCCUCAGACUGAGCCUGCGCAUACAAGUGGUGCAGAGCAAGCGCAUGCGCCCUGACUGCCCAGCAAAGGCGACUCUGGGCGGGUCUGGGCCGCUCCAGCGUUUUGGGGCCCAGGAGCUGUGGGAGGAGCUGGAGGCUUCACCCUGGUAACCACAGCGCCGCUGCUGCCCUGCCUUGCGGGCCUCAGGAAUGGCAUCGCCUCUAGGUGUGAGGGUACUUUGGCCACCGUCCCCGGAAAUAGCUGCGCCCGCCUCUCAGAUACCUCAUCCUCCCCACGCCGCUGCCGCUGCCGCCAUGCAAGGGGAGGACGCCAGAUACCUUAAAAGGAAAGUUAAAGGAGGGAAUAUCGAUGUACAUCCCUCAGAAAAAGCACUCAUUGUUCAAUAUGAAGUGGAAGCUACCAUUCUUGGAGAAAUGGGGGAUCCCAUGUUGGGAGAACGAAAAGAAUGUCAAAAAAUCAUUCGACUGAAGAGUCUCAAUGCCAACACAGAUAUAAUUUCCCUGGCAAGGAAGGUGGUUGAAGAAUGUAAACUCAUUCAUCCCUCAAAACUAAAUGAGGUAGAACAACUAUUGUACUACCUACAGAACCGCCGUGAUUCAUUGUCAGGAAAAGAGAAAAAAGAAAAAUCAAGCAAGCCUAAAGAUCCACCUCCUUUUGAAGGAAUGGAGAUUGAUGAAGUUGCCAACAUUAAUGAUAUGGAUGAAUAUAUUGAGUUAUUAUAUGAAGAUAUUCCUGAUAAGGUUCGGGGUUCUGCUUUGAUCCUGCAGCUUGCUCGAAAUCCUGAUAACUUGGAAGAACUACUAUUGAAUGAAACUGCCCUUGGUGCAUUAGCAAGGGUCCUGAGAGAAGACUGGAAACAAAGUGUUGAGUUAGCUACAAACAUAAUUUACAUCUUUUUUUGCUUUUCCAGCUUUUCUCAGUUUCAUGGACUUAUUACUCACUAUAAAAUUGGAGCCCUGUGUAUGAAUAUUAUUGAUCAUGAGUUAAAAAGACAUGAGCUUUGGCAAGAAGAACUUUCAAAGAAGAAGAAAGCUGUUGAUGAAGACCCUGAAAACCAGACCUUGAGAAAGGAUUAUGAAAAAACUUUAAAAAAGUACCAGGGGCUUGUGGUAAAACAGGAACAGCUAUUACGAGUUGCUCUUUAUUUGCUUCUGAAUCUUGCUGAGGAUACUCGUACCGAACUGAAAAUGAGGAACAAGAACAUAGUUCAUAUGUUGGUGAAGGCUCUCGAUCGGGACAAUUUUGAGCUGCUCAUUCUAGUUGUGUCAUUCUUGAAGAAACUCAGCAUUUUCAUGGAGAAUAAAAAUGAUAUGGUGGAAAUGGAUAUUGUUGAAAAACUGGUGAAAAUGAUACCUUGUGAGCAUGAAGAUCUGCUGAAUAUCACCCUCAGACUUUUACUGAAUCUAUCCUUUGACACAGGACUGAGGAAUAAGAUGGUACAAGUUGGACUGCUUCCCAAGCUCACAGCACUCCUAGGCAAUGAUAACUACAAACAAAUAGCAAUGUGCGUUCUUUACCACAUAAGCAUGGAUGACCGCUUUAAAUCAAUGUUUGCAUAUACUGACUGUAUACCACAGUUAAUGAAGAUGCUAUUUGAAUGCUCAGAUGAACGAAUUGACUUGGAACUCAUUUCUUUCUGCAUUAAUCUUGCUGCUAACAAAAGGAAUGUUCAGCUUAUCUGUGAAGGAAAUGGGCUGAAGAUGCUCAUGAAGAGGGCGCUGAAGUUUAAGGAUCCAUUGCUGAUGAAAAUGAUUAGAAACAUUUCUCAGCAUGAUGGGCCAACUAAAAAUUUGUUUAUAGAUUAUGUUGGGGACCUCGCAGCCCAGAUCUCUAAUGAUGAAGAGGAGGAGUUUGUGAUUGAAUGUUUGGGAACUCUUGCAAACUUGACCAUUCCAGACUUAGACUGGGAAUUGGUUCUUAAAGAAUAUAAGUUGGUUCCAUACCUCAAGGAUAAACUAAAACCAGGUGCUGCAGAAGAUGACCUUGUUUUAGAAGUGGUUAUAAUGAUUGGAACUGUAUCCAUGGAUGACUCUUGUGCUGCAUUGCUAGCCAAAUCUGGAAUAAUCCCUGCACUCAUUGAAUUGCUAAAUGCUCAACAAGAAGAUGAUGAAUUUGUAUGUCAGAUAAUUUAUGUCUUCUACCAAAUGGUUUUCCACCAAGCCACGAGAGACGUCAUAAUCAAGGAAACACAGGCUCCAGCAUAUCUCAUAGACCUGAUGCAUGAUAAGAAUAAUGAAAUUCGAAAGGUCUGUGAUAAUACAUUAGAUAUUAUAGCGGAAUAUGAUGAAGAAUGGGCUAAGAAAAUUCAGAGUGAAAAGUUUCGCUGGCAUAACUCUCAGUGGCUGGAGAUGGUAGAGAGUCGUCAGAUGGAUGAGAGUGAGCAGUACUUGUAUGGUGAUGAUCGAAUUGAGCCAUACAUUCAUGAAGGAGAUAUUCUUGAAAGACCUGAUCUUUUCUACAACUCAGAUGGAUUAAUUGCCUCUGAAGGAGCCAUAAGUCCCGAUUUCUUCAAUGAUUAUCACCUUCAAAAUGGAGAUAUUGUUGGACAGCAUUCAUUUCCUGGCAGCCUUGGAAUGGAUGGCUUUGGCCAACCAGUUGGCAUUCUUGGACGCCCUGCCACAGCGUAUGGAUUCCGCCCUGAUGAACCUUACUACUAUGUCUAUGGAUCUUGAUAAAGUAUCCGUUUCCAUGCAUAAUCUCUGCUUAGAAGAAAUCUGUGUGGGUUGGGUUAAUUUGGGAUCUUUGCCUAAUAAUGCAUGUUGAUGUUACUGUGGAUCUGUGUUUCUUUUUAUUUUUAUGUUGUUAGCCGCAGAUUAGCCCCAGCCCCUUCUGUCUUCUGUUAAGUACAGUUGAUACUCACACUGUUCACCCAUCAAACCACAUCUUGAUGCUGAGUAACAUUUCCCAUGAGCCUGAAAACUGAAUGUUGAAAAGCUACUAGACUGGAAAACAAACACUGCAUUAUGUACAUUAAGUGACUAAUUUAAUUUCUAUUAAAAAGCAUAAAGUGAAAACAA